AUGUGGUUAGUCCCGUAUAUUUUCCUCCUGGGCAUAACCACAGGCGAAGAUGUUCGUUUUGAUUGCCAUCCGGAACCAGAUGCUAGCAAGGAGGUAUGUGAAAGGAGAAAUUGUAUAUGGAAGGAAGACACAAUUACGGAAGGUAUACCGUACUGCUUUAUGAAACCCAAAAUAGGUUACAAGCUUCUGCGCAGGAUAGGUGAUGCGAGAACUCUUACCAAGAGCAGCGGACCAAUGAAUCCGUGGGGCGAAGACAUCAAGGAGAUAUACUUUGCUUCACAUUACUUUGGGAAAACCCUCAACGUCAAAAUUUUUGUUGGUGGAAGAUACGAACCACCACUUGAUUUACCACGUGAGCCAUCCAAGUCAAUUGAAGAUUUAGAGCUUACCACAUACGACGAGGAAAACCCAUUUUACUUCACGGUCUCUCGUGAAUCCACUCAAACGAAAUUGUGGGAUACUUCAUUAGGAAAGUGA